AUGAACAAAUAUUUAAUACUUGUAGUGGCCUCUUUAUUUAUACUAAUUAUAGUAUAUUAAACAACUCAAGACACUAACCUAAAAUAAAAGUAAAUUCACAAUUUUAAAAAUAAUCAUAAAAGAGAAAUAGGAUAUUCAAAUGAUAAUGAAGAAUGUAGAAAUAAAUGUCAAUAAGCUAAUGGAAUUAAUUGUGGAAAGAAUUGGUAGAAUUGUUGUAUUCCUGAUAAAUGUGAUAUUGGAUGGAUAACUGAAAUUUGUGAUAAGAGAAUUAGAGUUAUUGGAUGCACAGAUGAAUGA